GCUGUGAUUGGUCAGCGUUUCUCCUGGUUACCAGCCCUCGCUGAACGCAACAACACAGACGCUCCUGCUGCAAACAGAAGGGCGAUUUCAGCUGAGAAAUGUCAUGGACUGAGCUCAGGAGGAGCAGGGGAGGGAAACACUCCUCGGCCGAGGAGAAGCUGGAUGAAUAUUUAAUCAACCUGCAGCACAAAAACAGGGCCUUGAGAAGACUGCAGAGGAAGGACCCUCGCCAGGCGGAGUUGGAGCUUUUGGAGCAGGGCUUCAAUCUGUACAUCAACGGUGCUCAUGUCAGCAACGCUAAUGCGCCUCAGAACAGCCGAUCCAGCAGGAAAACCGUCCAGCCUUCAGUAGCGGCCCGUCCGCCGGCACAGAGAAACACACGCACUGCAGAUUCAUCCAGAGAGAGUGGAGAGAAGUGUGCGGUCGAUCGACAGAAACAGAGGAGCCACACGGCGCCUGAGAAAGCACAGAGACGACGAUGGGUGCAGGAAUCUGUGUACAUCUGCACUGAGAAAGGAAAAAAAGCGAAGAUUUCACCAGAGCACAGAUAUUCCGAUGACUUUGAGCUGUACGAGAGUGCAGAUAUGGAGUCUGCUUAUGACAGCAGUAAAGCGUCACGUUCUGUCGCCCUGACGUCACGCAGCGAGCCGGAGCCUGUCGACAGGGUUCUUCUGAAUGCUGACCAGGUCAAGGCACUGCGACGCAGCCUGGAGGUGAGCGUCAGACGCAGCAGUCGAGACUCAGCCGGAGAGGAGUCGGAGGAGGAAUGGAUCGAGGAGCAGAUCGAGAGAGAGGAAAGCAGCGACAGUCUCCCUGACCUCACACUUCCUGUCCAACCCACAAGCCAGCCAAUCAGCAAGCAGCUCAGCCAUGGUGACCUCAUCAUGCUGGAAUUCAGCCCCUCCACGCAAGGUGGGCGAAAGAUCGAACACUCUCUCUCAGCUAAAAGAAAGGACAAUGUGGAGUCGUACAUCCCUACCAAACCAGUCACCGUAAAGAGACCGACAGAGAGAACAUCUGCUAGCAGACAGGAGAAGUCACGGCCGUGCAGUCGUAUAGAGCGCCCCCUGUCUGCGGCUCGUAAGGUGCAGGAGGAGCGAGAUUCAGAGGAAACGGCUGCCGGCGUAUUUCAGGCCCUGCAGAGAGAAAACUCACCGCUGCAAACGCACCGGCAGGAGAGGAGUACGGCCCAACACACGCCGGAGGAGGAGGAGGAAGAUGAUGAUGAUGACGAGCAGAUUCGGGUUAUCAGAGCUAUGCGGAGAAUCGCUCUCAUGGAACCAAGGCAGCAGAAGUGUUUGUUAAAGGCUCUAGAGAGGAUCGAUGCUGACGAUCAGUCUGAUGUCACCGACAGCAGCAGCUUCACUCUGACUAGGGAAGCAUCUCUGCAGGUGACGCCCACUCUUUACGUUACCAUGGAGAUCCUGUCAAACUGGGGUCACCCGGGUCAGGUGGGGCUCACAGAAGUUCAGUUCUUCUGUCCACAAAAUCGCAAACUCUACGUGUCUCCACAUGACCUGGACAUUCGCAACACGGACCAGCCCGGGAAUCUGGCUGCCCUCGUCAACGGAAAAACUAAAACCACAAAAGAGCGUCAUAUGUGGGCUUGUCCAUUCCACCCGCCCGUCCAGCUGUAUUUUAUCAUCAGGAAUGUGGAACGAACUCCGAACUUCAACAUCUCUCGGAUCAAAAUGUGGAAUUAUAACCACAGCCUUAAUGAUCUGGAUGUUGGUGCGCGACACGUUCGCUUGUAUGUGAACAGCACUCUGGUGUUCGAGGGUCACUUGGAGAAGGGCUGUGGUAACCAGGUCUUUGACUACAGCAACUCCAUUGAGCUCCAGGAACCACAUCUCCCAGAGUGCACCUCUCCAAGCCCUGUCUCUUCAGGACACAGUCUGCAAGACUGCAGCCCACAUGAGCCAGAGCCUCAGGAGUCGAAUGCUGGUGUUUCAGUAGUAGAAACAAGCCAGGACAAAUCUGACCCAGUUAACCCUGGCAGCUGUGUGGCAGAAAUGCAGAGAGACUCUCUAGAAAGAGAUGACUCUUCUCCUCUGGACCUCAUGUUACCCGCCGGCCGGACGGAGGCGAUGAAGACGGUGACCACGCAGCCAUCCUCCAGUCGGAUUCCACAUUGGCUCCAGGCGCUGAAUCGAACCGCAGCGGAUGAGGCCGAAGCGUCUCGGGAUCGAGAGCGUCCUCAGUGGCUCCAGUCGCAGAAUACAGCCGAACCCAAAUCCAAACACUCAGUGCUGCCUGACAUCUCGUGCAACCCUGUGCGCUCCUGUAAAGAGGCCUCCAGCAACAAAGACCUGCAGAGAACAGCGUCCGGCGAAUUCAGUUCUGAUUUGUUGGAUUUGGACCCCGAUCUGGGACUGAAUUACAGCUUGCGGACCGAGCAAGAACCGCACUUGGAGCAGCACUUGAGCGAUCGGUUGGACCAGGGUUUGGACCUGUGGGAUGAGCGGUUUGAGAGGACAGAGCGGCCCAUCAGUGGCAGGAGAGGUUCAGCACGGUCUGUAAACAGAACACAACUGGACCGCAGCAGCGACUUCACCUCAACAGAGGAAAGCAGCCCGGCGUCCGUCCGUAACAGAAGACCGAAACCUCAUUGGUGCGAACCGGAUGACCCGUUAAUGGAAUCCUGGGACUCGUUGACGAAGUUUAACCAGUGUCAGCGAGGGCGGAUCUCCAACAUGGGGCUGGAGGGAGAUAUUUUCGACGAAUUUGUUCACCGUCAGUCCCGUCCGACACCCGUCUCCAAUAUAUAUUUAGCAAAAAAAUCACUGGAUCAGUUUGGCGAUACUAUCCUGUUCACCACGGAUGAUGACAUCCUGGAGGCCAUGGCGCAGUAUGAUGACACGUUUGGGAGUGAGAUGGAGAUGGGCGGGCCGGGCGUGGAGGAAGAGGAGCUGCAGCGGCCGCGGACGGCAGACGGUGAAGGAGAGGAGAGGCCGUUCACACAGGCUGGGUUCAGGAAGGAGGACACGCACACCCACAUGGAUCUGGACCACAUCUCUGCAGCUGAACUGUGUGCUGAUACUGGAGAGGAAACAACAGGACUUUAUACUGGCAGUAUUCUGCAGCUGAAUCUGCUGUCGUCGUUCGUUGGUAAGGGCGGGGAGAGUAUUCCUGUUGAUGUCUCUAUGGCAACAGCAUCACCCCGUGACCUCAACGACCUCCCUGAGAACAGCAACGACCUUCGAACUCUGGACAAGUUGUUUGAUGGGAUGAACAUCACCACAGAUGAUAAACACAUGUGGCUGAUUCCCUUCACGUCCGGUUCUGAUCACACACUCACUGUACGGUUCGGCCAGCCGCAGACGAUCGCCGGAUUCAGAAUAUGGAACUACAACAAAUCGCCUGAAGACUCUUACAGAGGGUUGAAGGUUGUGCAUGUGUUCCUGGACAGCGUGUGUAUUUCUCCAAUCGGGGGGUUUCUCAUUCGCAAGGGUCCGGGGAAUUGCCACUUUGACUUCGCACAGGAGAUUCUGUUCAUAGACUACAUACAGUCCAACACGAGCACUGCCGCCCAUAACAGAUCACUCACUACGACCAGCAAAAACACAGAGAACGCGCACGCUCACUGGGGUGGGAACCGGAGAGAUGAGUUGGCCAGUAUGGACUAUGAGGCUCCAUUGAUGCCAUGCGGAUUUAUCUUCCAGCUGCAGUUGUUGACGACGUGGGGCGACCCGUACUACAUCGGCCUUAAUGGACUGGAGUUCUAUGACCAGAAUGACCAGAAGAUCCCGCUCAGUGACAACAACAUCGCUGCGUUCCCUGACAGCGUGAAUGUGUUAGAUAACGUGUGUGGUGACGUCCGCACACCUGAUAAACUGAUAGAUGGGGUCAAUAACACACAUGACGGGCAACACAUGUGGCUCGCACCAGUGCUGCCUGGGCUGGUGAACCGUGUCUAUGUCAUCUUUGACCAGCCAAUGACAGUCUCCAUGAUUAAAUUGUGGAACUAUUCCAAAACACCUCAGCGAGGAGUCAAGGAAUUUGGGCUCCUAGUCGAUGACCUGUUAGUGUAUAACGGGAUUUUAGAGUGUGUGAAGAAUGUUUCGCGGGGAAUUCUGCCAACCCUGGAUCCUGUUGUUCCUUACCACACCAUACAGUUCACAGACAACACGCAAAUCACACACCGGGAGAAGAGCACUAUUAUCAGCAACCAUGUGGAGGACCAGGAUGUGAAAUUGACCAAUGAGAAUAAAAUCAUUCACCAGCACAAGAAGAAACAGACAGCUGACCCAGCUCUGCGGCCCAAAACCUGCAUGACGGACGUACGGAAACACGGAAAGCAGCGAUACUGAGAGAAGACGGCAGGGUUCAGGGAUUUUGAAAGCAGGUUUUUUUUUCUUUUUCCCCUUUGGGAAUAUUUGGAAAACUCAGUAACCUCAACACACACACACA